AUACUUUGUAAUUUAUAAUGUUGUAUAUUUUUAAAUUAAGAGAAUGUACGAUAUUGAAUAAAUAUAAUAUAUUUCGAUACACACAUGGACUAACGUUAAACAACAUACGAAAAGAAAAAGUUAAUGAAAUUUUCCCACAAAAACAUGAAUUUCAAAUUAGACAUAUUGGUCCCCGACAAUAUGAACAAUUGGAAAUGUUAAAAACUAUAGGAUACAAGAAUUUGGAAGAAUUAACAAAAGCGGCUAUUCCAGAAAAAAUUCUUUAUAAAGAAAAAUUGAAGAUCGAACAACCGAUUACUGAAUACGAACUUUUGAAGAGGAUUACACAAAUUUCAAAAAAAAAUGAUAUAUGGCGUUCGUAUAUUGGAAUGGGAUAUAAUAAUUGUUGUGUGCCUCAUACUAUCAUGAGAAAUAUGUUUGAAAAUCCAGGAUGGACGACGCAGUAUACACCAUAUCAACCAGAAAUUUCACAAGGCAGACUUGAAGGUCUAUUGAAUUACCAAACAAUGAUAUGUGACUUAACUGGAAUGGAAAUAGCGAACGCAUCUCUUUUAGAUGAAGGCACUGCAGCAGCAGAGGCUUUAGCACUUACUCAUAGGAGCAAUAAAAGAAAAAAAUUGUUCGUUUCUGAUAAAGUUCAUCCUCAAACAAUUAGCGUGAUUGCAACACGUGCCACUUCUUUAGGUCUUGAUCUUGAAAUUGGAGACGUUUUCAAAAUUGAUACCAGCGCAAAAGAUGUUUCUGGAAUUCUUUUCCAAUAUCCUGAUACAACUGGAUCUAUCUACGCAUUUGAAGAUGUUGUGAAGAAAGCGCAUGCAGAUGGUACUCUUGUUUGUGUUGCUACUGAUUUAUUAGCAUUAGCUAUACUUAAACCUCCAAGUAAAUUUGAAGUUGAUAUAUGUGUUGGUACUAGUCAACGUUUCGGAGUUCCACUUGGAUACGGAGGACCACAUGCUGGAUUCUUCGCUUGCCGUAAAAAAUUGGUUCGUUUAAUGCCUGGAAGAAUGAUCGGUGUUACGAAAGAUUUGAACGGGCAAGAUGCAUAUCGCUUAGCUCUUCAAACACGAGAACAGCAUAUUAGAAGAGACAAAGCUACUAGCAAUAUUUGUACCGCACAAGCAUUACUGGCAAAUAUGUCUGCAAUGUAUGCUGUAUAUCAUGGACCUGAAGGAAUAAAAAAUAUUGCAAAUAGAGUACAUUUUCUGACACUGAUCCUGGCAAGAGGUUUAGAAAAAUCAGGGAAUAGAAUAAACAAUGAAUAUUUUUUCGAUACUAUAAAAAUAUCACCUUCAAUAUCCUUAAAAACUAUAAAGGAAAAUGCGGUUUCAUUUAAAAUAAAUUUUAGAUAUUACGAGGAUGGAAUCGGGAUAUCUCUAGAUGAAACUACUAUGGAACAAGAUGUAAAUGAUAUUUUUAAAAUAUUUUCUACAGAAAUAACCGUUAAAGAAAUAUAUAACGAAAAGGCAUAUUUUAAUAAAAAUUUAAACAAAUCUCAUUUUGCGCGUUGUACGCCAUACUUACAACAUCCUGUAUUUAAUAGUCAUCAAUCCGAAACAAGAAUAGUUCGUUAUAUGAAAUCUUUAGAAAAUAAAGAUGUAUCUCUCGUACAUAGUAUGAUACCAUUGGGAUCUUGUACAAUGAAACUGAAUUCAACUACGGAAAUGAUGCCUUGUAGCUUACAUGGAUUUACAGACAUACAUCCAUUCGUUCCUAUUGAACAAACCAAAGGAUAUCAUCAAUUAUUUGCCGAAUUAGAACAAGAUCUUUGCGCUAUAACAGGUUACGAUAACAUAAGUUUUCAACCAAAUAGUGGAGCUCAAGGCGAAUAUGCUGGUCUAAGAGCUAUACAACGUUAUCACGAAUCGAAUAAAAAUAAUCAUCGACAAGUCUGUUUGAUUCCUAUUUCUGCUCAUGGUACUAAUCCUGCUUCUGCCCAAAUGGCUGGUAUGCAAGUGAAACCUAUUCUUGUACAGAAAGAUGGUUCUAUAGAUAUUUCACAUUUGGCAGAAAUGAUAGAUAAAUAUCGAGAUACAUUAUCUUGUUUAAUGAUAACAUAUCCAUCAACAAAUGGAGUGUUUGAAGAGACUAUCGCCGAUAUUUGUACUAUGAUUCAUAAAGCUGGUGGUCAAGUGUAUUUAGAUGGAGCUAACAUGAAUGCUCAAGUUGGAUUAUGUCGUCCAGGUGAUUACGGUAGUGACGUUUCACAUCUUAACUUGCAUAAAACAUUUUGUAUACCUCACGGUGGUGGAGGACCUGGAAUGGGACCUAUUGGAGUUAAACGGCAUCUUACACCUUUUCUUCCAUCUCAUCCUGUGAUUAAUUGUUCGAGUAAUAAUAAUAACAAUAUAAAACAAUUUGGUGCAGUAUCAGCUGCUCCUUUCGGAUCAUCAGCUAUUUUACCAAUUUCUUGGGCUUACAUUAAAAUGAUGGGUCCAGAAGGAUUAAGAAAAGCUACGCAAGUUGCUAUCCUAAAUGCUAAUUACAUGAGUAAAAGAUUGGAAAAAUAUUAUAAAACUUUAUACAAAGGAAAGACAGGAUUAGUAGCACAUGAAUUCAUUUUGGAUAUACGGGAUUUUAAAAAAACGGCGAAUAUCGAAGCUGUAGAUAUCGCUAAAAGAUUAAUGGAUUAUGGUUUUCACGCUCCGACAAUGAGUUGGCCUGUGGCAGGUACAUUAAUGAUCGAACCAACUGAAUCUGAAGACAAAAAAGAAUUGGAUAGAUUUUGUAAUGCUCUAAUAUAUAUACGAGAAGAAAUUAAUGAUAUAGAAAAUGGUAAAUUAGACAUUGUUAAAAAUCCAUUGAAAAUGGCACCACACACUCAAGAGCAAGUAAUCUCAAGUACGUGGAAUAGACCGUACUCACGAGAACUGGCAGCAUUUCCAGCUCCGUUUGUAAAGGGAAAUAACAAGAUUUGGCCAAGUGUUGGGAGAAUAGAUGAUACAUAUGGAGAUAAAAAUCUAUUCUGUACAUGUCCUCCUAUUUUAUCAGAUCAGUAAUAAGUUUUACUUGUUUAUCUUGUACAGUUAGUUAUAGAAUUAUUUAAAUAUUUAUUAUAAUUUUUUGUACAAACAUAUUAUUUAUAUAAAAUUUCAUAUUUUC